AUGGUUGCUGAGGAUGCUCCUGCAUUUGGUCCUGAUGGUUGCUCCUCCAGCUGCUCCAGGCCCCAGACCACCCUCAGCUGGGCUGAUAGGAGAGUCAGAAGUCUGUUCCAAGAUGAAGAUUCAUGCAGUGAUUGUAGCAAUCAUGAUAAGCCAGGUUCCAGUUUACCAAGUUUUGUGCCUUCAGGAAAGACUCAUUUCCCAGAAAUAUUCCAGACAAGUCAACUUUUGUUCUAUGAGCGAUUCAAAGCUUAUCAAGAUUACAUUUUAGCUGACUGCAAGGCCUCUGAAGUAAGAGAAUUCACAGCUGAGUUCUUGGAGAAGGUCCUUGAACCAUCUGGAUGGCGGGCAGUCUGGCACACUAAUGUGUUUGAGGUGCUGGUUGAGGUCACCGAUGUGGACUUUGCAGCCUUGAAGGCAGCGGUGAGGCUUGCCGACCCAUACCUCUGUGAAUCUCAAGUGAGCUCUUUUACCUUGGAGUGUAUGAAUGAGCUCCUCAAUUUGAAGGAACAUCGGUUGCCCCUGCAGGAGCUGUGGGUGGUGUUUGAUGAUUCUGGAGUAUUUGACCAGACAGCUCUUGCAAUUGAACAUGUCAGGUUUUUCUAUCAAAACAUUUGGAGGAGCUGGGAUGAAGAAGAGGAGGAUGAGUAUGAUUAUUUUGUCAGAUGUGUUGAACCUCGACUGAGAUUGGGAUAUGGUCUACCAGAUGAUAUUGUGAUAGAAAAGAGGGGCAAAGGAGAUACUUUUGUGGAUUGUACAGGUGUGGAUAUUAAAAUCUCAGGAAUAAAAUUUAUUCAGCAUGAUGCUGUAGAAGGAAUCUUGAUAAUUCACCGUGGUAAGACCACAUUGGAAAACUGUGUGCUGCAGUGUGAAACUACAGGAGUCACAGUGCGAACAUCAGCAGAAUUUUUAAUGAAGAACUCGGAUUUAUAUGGUGCCAAGGGUGCUGGUAUAGAAAUAUAUCCUGGGAGUAAGUGCACCUUAAGUGACAAUGAAAUCCAUCACUGCAAGGAAGGGAUACUCAUUAAGGACUUCUUAGAUGAGCAUUAUGACAUUCCCAAAAUAUCCAUGGUGAAUAAUGUCAUACAUAAUAAUGAAGGUUAUGGUGUUGUCUUGGUGAAACCUACAAUCUUCUCUGACCUGCAGGAAAAUGUCCAAGAUGAAAUUGAAGAAAAUAGAGCACUUAAAAUUCCGACAAGUGAGGAGGCAGGCACAGCAGAAAGGGUGGAUCUAGAAGAGUUGAUUCAGUGUGCAACUGGCAAAAUGGAGCUUUAUGCAAGAUCCAGCCUUUCUGAGCAAGCUGAAGGCAACUGUGAAAUUGUAAAUGAACUAGUUGCUGCCUCCACACAGAAGGGCCAGAUGAAGAAGAAAAGGUUGAGUGAACUGGGGAUCACACAAGCUGAUGACAACUUAAUGUCACAGGAGAUGUUUGUUUCAAUUGUGGGCAACCAGUUCAAGUGGAAUGGGAAAGGGAGUUUUGGCACAUUUCUUUUCUGACCACCAUGAUGUAAAUAGAUAGCAAAAUAUUGGAUUUUGCACAUGCUGUCCCGAGAAUCACUGCUGCUAUCAUAGUUCACUUCAUGUCUGGAUUUUAUAUUAGAUAAAUUUGAUUGGGUUUGAGUGAAAUGUACAUCUAUUUCUAUCUGCAGGUGUUGCACGUGAAACAUUCCCUCUGUAUAAGGAAGGUCAUAAAAACAUACAGAAAAUAUUUAAAGAUUUCUUAUCUAGAAAGUCUUGCUUUCUCAAACACAUCAUUCUGUCAUAUUAUUAAGCCUAUCAGUAACUUUCUAGUGUAAAUACACUUUAACCUAGCACUUCAAAGAUGAGGAAAAAAGUCAGAGAAUGCAAGAUGAGUGCGCAGAAAUGCAAUAGGUGUCAAAUGUGCAGGGUUCUUACACUUGUCUUUUUCUCCCAAUUACAGCAAGUCUGAUUUCCAUGCUGCAUUUGCAUAAUACUUGUCUUAAAAUAAAAGCUUUUAUGAUUGGGAGGUUAUCUGCAUAAUCAGGCUUAUUAUUGAGAAUCUGAGUGGGAUGCAUUUUUGUGUUGAACUAUGUAAUCAUCAAAACAGUAAUAGAUAGCAUGGCAGGUUUGAAACAUAUGAGAUGUGUUAUUCAGAGCCAAUGCGUAUAUAGAGCAUUUUCACUGUUGCUGAAUAUGAAUGAUUAAAAAGAAGGUGUUUUUCUUUCGCCAUAACAGUAUUCUGAUCAAAUUCAAAUGUCUUACACACAGUGAUUACUUUUACAAUAUAUAUCAGCUCUGUGUUCUUGAAUAUUGUAUUGUAAAACACAGCUUUUAAAAAUAUUUAUAUUUUUAAAAAGUAUAUGUGACAUUAAUAUGCUUAUUAAAAUUAAAAUGAUAAAAUAAUAAA